AUGGAUAAACAAAAUAUAGACCCUGCUCAACAAUUGGUGAUCGAUUUUAAAAGACAAGGUCAUUUCGAUAAAUUGAAAAACCAAAUCUUAUCAAACAAUAUAGAAAAUGAUCAAAACAUUCAAGAUUUAAUUAAAUUGAAAAUCAUUGAAAUUGUAAAUCAAAUGGUAUCAAAAGAUGAAUCUUUGAUUUUUAAAAAUAGAGGUAUAAAUUCAGCUCUCAUAGAAUCAAAAAUUAUUAAAGAUGAUUAUAAAUUAUUACAAAAUAAUGAAACUGAAAAUGAUUCAACAAAAAAUAUUGAUUUAAAUAAAUUUAUUAAUGAUUCUUUAAAUGAUUCAACAUUAUAUGAUGAAAUUUUACAAAUUUUAAAUUCAAUGGAUUAA